AUGAUAUUGCUUGCCUGUCUGUUUUCUCUGUCUUCACCAGUCUGUUUAUAUCACUCUGCCUUCACCAGUCUGUGCACAUCUCUCUGUUUACCUCAGUCUGUUCAUAUAUUUCUGCCCACCUCUGGCUCUGUUCAUAUACCUCUGUUCAAUAGAGUCUGUUCAUAUCUUACUGACCACCUGAUUCUAUUCAUAUCUUUCAGCCCACUAUUCAAAUCUCUUUUGCAUACCCGAGUCAGUUCAUAUCUCUUUUGUGUUCCUGAGUCGGUUCACAUCCCUUUUGCGUUCCUGAGUCGGUUCACAUCCCUUCUGCGUUCCCGAGUUGGUUCACAUCCCUUUUGCGUUCCCGAGUUGGUUCACAUCCCUUUUGUGUUACCAUGUCGGUUUACAUCCCUUUUGCAUUACCGUGUUGUCAGUUCACAUCUCUUUCGCAUUAGAAGGUCAGUUCAUACCUCUUUUUUCUUACCCGAUUCGGUUCAUACCCAGUUUUUUUUUUUAUUCUUACCCGAGUCAGUCCAUACCUCUUUUUUUCUUACCCUAGUCGGUUCAUACAUCUUUUUUCCCUACCCAAGUCAGUUCAUAUCUCUUUUAAUUCUACCUGAGUCAGUUGAUAUCUCUUUUGCGUUACUGAGUCAGGUCAUUUCUCUUUUGCGUUAUCAAUUCAGUUCAUAUCUCUUUUUUGUUAUUGGGUCAGUUCAUAUCUCUUUUUGUGUAAAUGAGUCAGUCCAUAUCUCUAUUUGCAUUACCAAGUCAGUCCAUAUCUCUAUUUGCGUUAACGAGUUGGUUCACAUCUCUUUUUUCCUGCCCAACUCGUUUCACAUCUCAUUUUUCCUACCCGAGUUGGUUCACAUCUCAUUUUUCAUACCCAAGUCGUCCCACAUCUCAUUUUUCCUACCUGAUUCGUUCAUAUCUAAUUUUUUUACCCAUGUUAGUUCAUAUCUCAUUUUUCCUACCCGAGUGAGUUCAUAUCUCUUUGCUGGCCUUAUUCUUUACACAUUUCAUUGCCUACCUGAUUCUUUACACAUUUCAUUACCUACCCGAUUCUUUUCAUAUGUCUUUAUCUAUCUGAUUCUUUUCACAUAUCUUUGCCUACCUAACCUACCUGAGCCUGGUCAUAUAUCUCUUGGCCUACCUGAGCCUGGUCAUAUAUCUCUUGGCCUACCUGAGCCUGGUCAUAUAUCUCUUGGCCUACCUGAGCCUGGUCAUAUAUCUCUUGGCCUACCUGAGCCUGGUCAUAUAUCUAUCGGCUUACCUGAGUGUGGUCAUAUAUCUCUCUCUCUACCUGAGCCUGGUCAUAUAUCUCACUGCCUAGCCGAGUCUGUUCGUAUAGUCUUUUCAUAUCUAUCUAUCUAUCUAUCUAUCUAUCUAUCUAUCUAUCUAUCUAUCUAUCUAUCUAUCUAUCUCUGUUCAUUUGUAUCUUAA